AUGCAUGCAUGCAGGCAGCCAAUGGAAGGCCAGCUGAGCAAGUACACGAACGUAAUGAAGGGCUGGCAGUACAGGUGGUUCGUUCUCAAUCCAGAACUUGGAAGACUUGAAUACUUUGAGAAAGAAGAACACAAAAAACUGCAGAAGCCCAGUAGAGGAAAUGUCAUGCUGGCCGGCGCCGUCAUAUGUCCGUCUGACGAAGACUCCCAAACGUUCAUCGUCAACGCCGUCAAUGGCGAAGUUUACCGAUUGAAAGCCCUAGACGCCAGGGAGCGCCAGCACUGGGUCAACAGAUUGAGGGCCACAGCUGAGUACCACGGAGAUUUUAUGGUGAGUCUGAUUGGCUGGCUCGUUUUUAAAUUAUGUGGAUAG